AUGUACCCAGAAGUCUACGCUUCCAUGGACACUCAUAAGCAAUUCAUCGACAAGAUCAAGAUCACCCACCGCAACAAUAAGCAAGACAAAUGGACGCCCUUUCCAAAAGUGUUUCGAAAUAGCCCAUUGAGCAAGGAAGUCAAGGCCACACGGGAGGCACAGUUAUUCUACUACGAUACGGACAAAUUGAUAACGGAAGCCCACGAAGCUGAAAAAGUGUCGAACGAAGAUUAUAAAACGCGCGUUAAAGCAGCGAGAACCAUCAGCAUCAGUGCAUCCUCCUCAUCAUCAUUCUCAUCUGGGUCUGGAAAGCCGCAAUAUUCAUCCAACACCCCCCAAGGACAUUCCCGACCUUCAACGCUCAAAAAAGAGAUGGCGAUAAAAGUCGAGCUUUCAGACAAAAUAAACAUCAUCCAACCUCGAAAGCCAUCAUAUCCAUCUCACCGACUUAUCCCUGCUCAAUCCUUAAAGGGUAUUCUCAAAGACGAUACCCCUCAUCAACAAAAGAAAGGUCUCCGAAUCACCGGCUUCCGCAAGCCCUGCCAAACCGUGGCUACAGCCCAAGAAAAAUCAGUACGAACAGUCGACUUCACCGCGCCCUGGCCCUUCGACCUGAUUACCGAACAACCAGUUUUGCCCCGUCGCACCAUGUGCGCCAAAGAAUACAGAGCCUGGUGGCGCGACUAUAGAAAUGGCCUCAUCACAGUCAAGGACAACGAAAAACUUUGGGAAGCUCGACGAUUUUACGAUAUGCGGGAAGGGCAAAAGGUUCCAUUGACCGUGCCUACACGCAAGGUCACACGCCGACGAAUGAUCCAACGCAAAUUCUGUGAGUGGCUCACUGAGAAGCCUCCCGACUGGAUUACCGAAGAGGAUAAGAUACAAACCGAGGAUACCAAGAGCCAAAUCGUGCCUCAAAAAGAGGAAAAGACAGUCUCAGAAAAGGGCCAGAAGAAGAAGAAGAAGAGUAAGAAGAAGUCUUUCAGGAAGAGAGAUCUGAUCUGGUUUCUGAUUAGACCCGGCACCAAAUAG